AGUCCAAGCUCCAAAGCCAACAAAGCCGCUAUAAAUUAACCCAAAGGCUCACCUCUCGCCCAUAGCAACAAGGCAAUAGAGCACUACACUUCGCCACUAGAGAGAACUCAUAGCUUACCAUAUCCGAAGGCAUAUCCACAUGGGCGGGAGCGAGAGCAAAGGUAGAGAGGAAAAUGGUGAGACCAAGGAGUCAAGUGACACUGCCCUGGCCAAGGAGUCAAUUGCCACCACCCUGGCCAAGGGAGCGAUCGCCGGCGUAGCAAUCGGCGUGGUGAUCUUGGCCUUGGGCAUGGGUGUGGUGAGUCUGAUGGGCGAUUCGUCCAAGUCCAGUGAAGAGAAGACCAUGGAAGAUCCCUUGAAGGAAGAAAAGACCAUGAAAGCCCCCGGGAGGAGUAGGCGCAUAGCCCGGGAUGACUUCGAGAGGGACCCUGCCGCCUACUUCAGCGGCCUGCGGAGGGAUAAGCAAAAGGAGAAGUCACUAGCUACCAAGUAAAAGGAAAAUUUGUGGUGUUGCUUGUGUCCUCUAAUGUCUCUCUUUUCGUCUUACGCGGUGUCUUUAGGUAUUACUUUUUACGAUCUGUGUACUUAUGUGUUGUAUUAUGUACUUACGUGGUGUAUUUGGUUGUACAUGUGGUUUCAGUUCAAUUAAAAGUUUGUGCCUGUAGUUAUUUUGUCAUCCGAAGCAA